CACUGAUAGGCGAUACUUAUAGGUGGCACUGACUGGCAUUGAUAGGUGGCACUGACUGGCACUGAUGGGUGACACUGAAAGGCAGCUUAGAUGGGCACUGAUAUGUUGCAUUGAUGUGCACUGGUAGGCACUGAUAUGUGGCAUUGAUGUGGCACUGAUGGGCACUGGCAGGUGGCAUUAAUGGACACUGAUAGGUGGCACUGCUGGGGCUACACUGAUCAUCAGGGCACACUGAUCACCAGUGCCCUGAUGAUCACUGUCAGCGUGACAGCUCGUGAGCAGAGAAAUGCCAAUAAACGGCAUUUCCCUAUUUACAUGCAAUCAGCUGUGAUUGGACACAGC